GCGCGACGCACGACCCGCCUCGCCGCUCACCAUGGCUGAGGUUUCCGAGAUUAAGCUCUUCGGCAAGUGGACGUACGACGAUGUCGAGAUCAACGACAUCUCCCUCGAGGAUUACAUCGGCGUGAAGUCCAAGCACGCGGUGUACGUCCCGCACACCGCGGGCCGCUACGCGCAGAAGCGCUUCCGCAAGGCGCAGUGCCCGAUCGUGGAGAGGCUCGUGAACGCGCUCAUGAUGCACGGCCGCAACAACGGCAAGAAGCUCAUGGCGGUGAGGAUCGUCAAGCACACGAUGGACAUCAUCCACCUUCUGUCGGACCAGAACCCGAUUCAGGUCAUCGUCGACGCGAUCAUCAACGCCGGGCCGAGGGAAGACGCGACGCGCGUCGGCAGCGCCGGCGUCAUUCGUCGCCAAGCCGUGGACAUCUCCCCGCUGCGCCGCGUGAACCAGGCCAUCUACCUCAUCACGACGGGCGCGCGCGAGGCGGCGUUUAGGAACGUGAAGACGAUCGCGGAGUGCCUCGCGGACGAGCUCAUCAACGCCGCGAAGGGGUCGUCGAACUCGUACGCGAUCAAGAAGAAGGAUGAGCUCGAGCGCGUCGCGAAGGCGAACCGUUAAUCAUCAUUGAGAGGAGAGGAGAGGUCUUCUUCGAGAGGAGAAGGACGAACUGAUGACUUUCAUCGUGGGUGGGUGGCGCGCGCGAUUCGGUCGAGUCGCGCGCCGCAGACUGGGAGCGUGAGGCGUUCGCGAGACGGCGAGCGAUGACUUAGCCAUCGUCGGGGUAUUGUAAAACACGAACACGCUCUUUUGCA